CUACGUCCUAACGAGUCGACACAACCACACCUCAGCAUCUUAACUGAGCAAAUCCGCCAAGAUGUUGAUUCCCAAGGCUGAUCGUAAGAAGAUCCAUGAGUCCCUCUUCCGGGAGGGAGUUCUCACUGCCGAGAAGAACUACGAGAUCGACCACGCCGGCAUCGAGACGAAGAACCUCUGGGUCAUCAAGGCGAUGCAGUCGCUGGACAGCCGUGGCUACGUCAAGACCAGGUACUCGUGGCGCAACUUCUACUACACGCUCACCCCUGAGGGUCUGGACUACCUCCGAGAGUGGCUCCAUCUCCCCGCCGAGAUUGUUCCCGCCACACACAUCAAGCAGCAGCGAUCGCAUGCUCCCCCGCGUGGCAUGAUGGGCGAGGAGCGUGGCGACCGUGGCGGCGAGCGCAGGUUCGGCGGCGGCCGUGGCCGUGGUGACCGCGACCGAGGUGACCGAGGUGACCGCGACGGCGGCUACCGAAGACGGGAUGCCGGCGAGGGCAAGGAGGGUGGUGCCCCUGGCGAGUUCGCUCCCAAAUUCCGUGGUGGCUUUGGCCGUGGCCGUGAAGGAGCUCCCCCAUCUUAAUGGAGGCAGUAGGAAGGCGGAAUGAGGCUCUUUCCUUGCUUGGACUGGCACUUAUGAUAGGACGGCACGUGUACUCUAAUUCAAGAGUCGAGGGCCGACUAGCAACGCACCUACUCGCGUAGAUCAUAGCCGUAGGGGCUUGCGUGAGGAGUUCGGUGGUUAGAGUUUAUUCGGAAAACUCGUGCAUUCAGGGACAUCAUUUUGCGGACAACAUGCUAUUUGGUCUCUCUCAACCCCGUUGCAAAAAAGUUCGAUAGGUGAACGAUGUCCAUCCAAAACACCAAAAUAGAGUCAUGAGUAGCCUUUGAUGGGAUCCUAGUCGAUACGUAGGAAAGGUGGGUUAACGCC